AGCUUCUGGAAAUACUUUAUAACCGUAACUUUAUCCAGUUUGCGUGUUUGUAAAUUUUAAUUUUUAAUCUGAGUUGUCAUCUUAAAAACUUUAAUUAACUAAAUUUCUUUUUUUUGCAAUCCUGGAUAAAAAUAAGAAAUCACAAAUGGAGUAUUCGGAAGAAUAUUUCGAUGAAUAUGAUUCAUAUGGUUAUCACGGAACACAUGAUCUGGAUGCUCAUGGAGAUAUGGAUUAUGAAAGGCAAAUGGCAGAAAGUUACAAGGUGCCUGAAGUUAUACGAAGUUUUCUUGUUUAUCUAGCAAAAGCUAUCAGUGAUGGCAAUGUCUAUGAGUUGCAAAGCCUUUAUGAAAACAGUUAUGUGAAGCUUACUGAAAGAUUUUACAAAACAACACCUUGGCCUUUGUUAAAAGAUAUUGCUAAUAUUGUUCAUGAUGAUGAAAAGUUUGAGAUUCUCUAUAAAGAAUUAUAUUACAGACAUUUGUAUGCCCGAGUGAGCGGUGGUCCUAGUAUUGCAGACAGAUUUGAGUCAUAUUACAACUAUUGCCAUUUAUUCAAUCUUAUAUUAAGUGCUGAUGAUCCUGUGCAUUUAGAGUUGCCAAAUCAAUGGUUGUGGGAAAUUAUUGAUGAAUUUAUUUAUCAGUUUCAAAAUUUCAGUCAUUAUCAAAGCAUGUUGAACAAAAGAACCAAUGAGGAAAUGGAGCAAUUAAGGCAAAAUGCAAAGGUGUGGAACGUACACAGUGUGUUAAACGUUCUCCAUUCAUUAGUCGAUAAAUCUAAUAUUAAUAGGCAAUUAGAAGUUUAUACCAGUGGUGGUGACCCUGAUAGUGUUGCUGGAGAAUUUGGAAGACAUCCUCUGUACAAAAUGUUGGGAUAUUUCAGUUUAGUUGGAUUGCUUCGGUUGCAUUCUUUGUUGGGGGACUAUUACCAAGCUAUCAAAGUUUUGGAAAAUAUUGAACUGAAUAAAAAGAGCUUGUAUUCCCGUGUUCCUGCUUGUCAGAUCACCACAUAUUAUUAUGUUGGAUUUUCUUACAUGAUGAUGAGGCGAUAUGCUGAUGCCAUUCGCUCUUUUUCCAAUAUUCUUCUGUACAUUCAAAGAACACAGCGAAAUCUUUUCCAACAAAGGACUUAUCAAUCUGAUCAAAUGAGUAAGCAAACCGAGAGAAUGUAUACACUACUGACUAUUUGUUUAGUAUUACACCCACAAAGAAUUGAUGAAAGCAUUUUAUCCACCCUAAAAGAAACCUAUGGAGAAAAACUAUUAAAAAUGCAGAGAGGGGAUUUAACUGAAUUUGAAGCUUGUUUUACAUUUGCAUGCCCAAAGUUUUUGUCUCCUGUUCCACCCAGUUCAAAUUCGCAGAAUGCAGCUAGUCCAGCAACACCUUUGACUCUACAAAAUGCACAUAAAGAACCAUUUGUUGCUCAAUUAAGAGUAUUCAUGGAUGAAAUCAAGCAACAAAUCAUGCUUCCAACCAUUCGCAGUUAUCUUAAAUUGUACACCACAAUGCCAAUAGCAAAACUGGCAGCAUUCUUGGAAAUGGAUGAACAAGUUGUAGUUAACUUUCUUCUAUGCUUUAAACACAAAAUGAAGAAUAUGGUCUGGAUCAAAGGCACUAGUGGCUUGGAAGGUGAAUUUCAAUCUGGGUCUGAAGUAGAUUUCUACAUUGAUAAAGACAUGAUACAUAUUGCUGACACAAAAGUAGCUAUUCGUUAUGGGGAUUAUUUUAUUCGUCAAAUCCAUAAAUUCGAUGAGAUGCAUAGAACUAUUUCUGCCAUGCAGAUUUGAUUUAAAGAAAACAACAUAAUCUGUAGAUAUAGAUUUGAUCUUGAUGUUAAAAAGGAACUCUGAAUAAAACAUUCUUUUAUAACUA